AUGAGUGCCCACUGCUUCCCUAUCCUUCUUGUCCAUGCCUGGUGGGCCCUCCUCCAGCCUCGCUCCGCGAUAGUGGCCGCCUUUCCUCUGUGGACACGGGGGCAGCCCUCGUCACCGUCCCCUCUCGCUUACAUGCUGAGCCUCUACCGAGACCCGCUGCCUCGGGCGGACAUCAUCCGCAGCCUCCAGGCGCAAGAUAUGGAAGUGAGUGGGCAGAACUGGACCUUCGCUUUCGACUUCUCCUUUCUGAGCCAAGAAGAGGACCUGGCAUGGGCGGAGCUCCGGUUGCAGUUGCCCCGCCCUAUGGACCUCCCCACUGAGGGCCCACUCACCAUUCAAAUUUUCCACCAGGCCAAGCUGGACCCAGAGCAGGAGCCAGCGGACUGCCUGGAGCGAGUACGGAUGGAGGAGUUCACUGUCACUCCGUCUCAGGUCACUUUUUCCUCGGGCAGCACUGUCCUGGAGGUCACCAGGCCACUCUCCAAGUGGCUGAAGAACCCCAGGGCACUGGAGAAGCAGGUGUCCAGUUUGAAAGGAAAGUGCUGGCAUCAGUCCCGCACCCUGCCUGUCACUGCCACCAGCGCCAAUGUGCUCAUGCUGUACUCCAACCGGCCUCAGGAGCAGAGGCAGCUGGGUGGCGCCACUUUGCUCUGGGAAGCCGAAAGCUCCUGGCGGGCCCAGGAGGGACAGCUGUCUGGAGAGAGGGGCCGAUGGGGCAGAAGGCACCGCAGACAUCACAUGCCAGACAGAAGCCAACUGUGUAGGAGGGUCAAGUUCCAGGUGGACUUCAACCUGAUUGGCUGGGGUUCCUGGAUCAUCUACCCCAAACAGUACAACGCCUAUCGCUGUGAGGGCGAGUGCCCUAACCCUGUAGGGGAGGAGUUUCACCCUACCAACCACGCCUAUAUCCAGAGCCUGCUGAAACGCUACCAGCCCCACCGGGUCCCUUCCACAUGCUGUGCCCCUGUGAAGACCAAGCCACUGAGCAUGCUCUACGUGGACAAUGGCAGGGUGCUCCUGGAACACCAUAAGGACAUGAUUGUGGAGGAAUGUGGGUGCCUCUGACAGAGCCAGGGCAAGUGCUGAAUCCGCUUGCCCUCCACAGUGCUGGUAAACUCCAGGGAGAUGCAUAGUGCCCAUCCAGGGAGC